AUGGGAGUCACAAAGUGAAAAAGAACCAGUUCACCAGAGUCACUCAUUAAUAGUGUGAGCAGCUGGAAUCAUCUCCUCAUCCUCAGGAGGAAGAGUUGGGUGAUGAUGUACUUCUACUGUGUCUGACGAUCUGAGACGCUACCGUAGGUUUGAGAAACCUCAUGACUUCAGCUCAGACCUCACUGACGACACUGUGGGAUCAUUGGAAUCAUUUUGAAAAGACGUCUUCGGAAAUUGACAGGGCGUCUCCUAGCAACAGCGACUCUGAGCUUUCAGUCAGCUGCUGUCAUGGGAGACGCUCAUCCAGAGCUUUAAACUGUUCCCAUGAAGGAGGUUGGAGAGAAACCGCGGCUGCAGGUCGUCCUCAGUGCAAACAGUGUGUGUUCACCCACAGACGCUGCAGGUUUACUGCAGUCCUCACUAUGACUGAUGGGGAUUACGACUACCUUAUAAAGCUCCUUGCUCUGGGGGACUCCGGGGUGGGGAAGACCACCUUCCUGUAUCGAUACACAGACAACAAGUUCAAUCCCAAGUUCAUCACCACAGUCGGCAUCGACUUCAGGGAAAAGCGAGUGGUGUACACAGCGUCCAACCCCAAUGGGACGACCACGGGGAAGACGUUCAAGGUCCACCUGCAGCUCUGGGACACAGCUGGGCAGGAGAGGUUCCGCAGCCUGACGACGGCCUUCUUCAGGGACGCCAUGGGCUUCCUGCUGAUGUUCGACCUCACCAGCCAGCAGAGCUUCCUCAACGUCAGGAACUGGAUGAGCCAGCUGCAGGCCAACGCCUACUGCGAGAACCCCGACAUCGUGUUGGUGGGAAACAAGGCCGACCUAGCGGAUCAGAGGGAGGUCCAGGAGAAACAGGCCAAGGAGCUGGCCGAUAAGUACGGGAUCCCGUACUUUGAGACGAGCGCAGCGACCGGAGUGGAGGUGGACAAGGCGGUGAUCACGCUGCUGGACCUGGUCAUGAAGAGGAUGGAGCAGUGCGUGGACAAGCCGCCCGCCGAGACCAGCGGCAACGGGGCCACGAAGCUGGGUGACGCGCAGCCGGACGAGAAAAAGUGUGCAUGCUAAACGGCGUCUAGUCGCCACGUUCCCUCCGUGUCUCCACUUUAAACCUUUCCUCUCUUUCUUUUGCAAACUUUAACCUUUUUCCGACUUCAUUUGUCCCUCUGCCUUUGACACGUCUUUAUCGCCCCCUGGUGGACAUUCGCGGUAAAGCAGCCCGGCCUCUCGGCCCCUAAAGGGACGGUCCGUCACACUUCUCCACCUUCUCGCUCGCGUGGUUUCUGAAACACGUUACACAGCUUUAGUUUCAUGUGGGGCGUGUAUUAAAGUUGGCUGAUGAGUGACGAGGCUCUUAUUGUUCUCCACUCGAUGAUAAAGAGAGAAACUCCAGAAGCACCAACAACUGUUUGUUACCUGUGGCACCUGUGCUGUCACUGGUUAGAGAAGCGGUCUCUGGUUUCUAUGGCAACCGGCUUUACACAGGAAACGUCGGCUCCUCGGCCGAAGCGUGACUCCACUGUGCUGAGGCUUCAAGAAACACACCUUCACGUGACCUCAUGAUAAUUAAGUGGAAAUGAAACUGCAGAGAAAACUAUGUUUUUGCAGCUCGGACAAACAAAUCUAAUGUAGAAAAAACGAAAGGAGAGGUUCAUUAGAAUCUUCCAUGAUCUUUAUGUUUUCAUCAGUUUCUCCCGUUUGUGUUCAUGUACAUCAAGAGAGAAUCAUCCCAGUUCCUCGUUUAGUUUCUCAUUCCAUGAAAUCACACUAUUCCGCCUGUAAAGUCGUUUUGCCUUUUAGUUCAACAUUUUUGUAUCUAAUUUUCAGUGCAUCAGAACAUUUAGCCGCCGCUUUGCAGAAAACCCAGUGAACCGCUAGGGUGGCGUGAGCUUCAGCGUUGUUCAUCCACUUCCACCUUUAACGGCCUUAGUUCUCGGCGAGGUCUCGAGCCUCAGACGCAGCAGAAACAUAGGGCUCCAUCUCUCUACUCCUCAACUACCAGACAUUUAAUCUGCACGUGCCAAAUGAGGACGAACCAAAAAGGUGUUGACCUUUGUGGAUGCAAUCAGUCACUGUGGUUCUUAAAGUCUGGACCAUGUGACAGACGUCUCCAUGGCGACGUAAACAACCCACCAAACCACAGCCCAGUCUUUAUUACGGCUGUCAGAGCUAGCUCUCCCCUGAUUGGCUGGCUCCUGCUGGAGCCCCGCCCACGUCACCAGCUGACGUUCGCUGCAGGUCGGGUCUUCAGCAGUUGAUGAGAGCCGAGACUCAGUCUGUGAACGUGGGGGGAAACCAAACGAUGAGCCUGAAGGGCUCCUGCUGCAUAAUCACCCGCUGGUUCCCUUAAGUCUUUACUCCAAAGUAACGAGGAGCAGCUUUCAAAGCAUUUGAUUUCAGGCUUUACGUGACGCCUCCAUGGGUCCUGAUAUAAACGUCUCAUCCGGCUGCUUUGUUUUUGUCCAGUCGUUUCAAUCAGAUUCCACCCGGCGUUAUUAAAUCAAUGCCUUUUUAAUCCUGACAAUCUUCCAGAACAACUGUUUUUUUUUCAUGAAUCUCCAAGAGACUUCAUCAUUCUGACGCCAGACGUGCAUCCGAUUCCCGCGCGUCACCUCGGCCUUCGCGUAGCUCUGACGUUCGCGUGGCGCGUUUACAGUUCGAAGAGUCAUGUUGUGCCUGUUCCUACUCCUCCGUCGGAUUCUCUGUGACGUUUGCGAGCUCCUGGAUAUUUGAACGCGUCGCCGACGAGGCCAAGCAGAGCAGACGCGGCGCCCUGAUGUUGCUUUCGUGCCCGAUAUAUCAGAACAACUCACGACUCCAAGUACCUCUAAGAGCUUUUAUUUUUGGAAACCUUUGUGUAAAUUCUCCGAUGGUUUGUACACGUUUGAGUUCUCACUGUGUGUUUUGAUGCUUGUGUGUUUGUUGCGUUGUCAGCAUGUUUGCCAUCACGAGAAUGGAAUGACCUGUGAUGCAUUUAGUGUUUUUUGAUCUGAGAGCUGCAAAUAAAUCUGUUUUACCUUUA